AUGGCGCGCCUGCGCACGUGGCGCGGCGCCCUCCCGCUCCUCCUUCACCUCCUGCUCGCGCUGGCCCUCUUCCGCUGCGCGCUCGCCUUGGACGACGACCCCGACGACGACUCGGGCUCCAUCGCUCUCUCCAAAGCCGACAUCGAGGAGCUGGGUUUCAAGGACGACCCUCUGCGCCGCCAGGCCCGCGCAAAGCCCGGCCGCGACACCCUCUCGGACACCCUCAAGAGCCAGAGCCUCACGGACAAGGAGCCGGCCGAGCUCAAGCACACGCAGCGCGAGACCGUGCGCGACGUCCCGGACACCGCCGACUUUCACGGUAGCGACGACAAACGCCCCGUCGAUGCCGCGUCCCCGCCGGGCAUGGUGACCCCGCCGCGCGCAGAGAGGGACGUACCCAGGCCGGACCAACCCAACGAACACGACGCCGCGAGGAGGAGGGCCGAGGCCGCUGAGGGGAAGGUCGCGGCUGCGCAGAAGGAGGCGCGGGAGAGCAAGAGGGAGGCAGAGGAGCGGAAGAAGGAGGCCAGUGCGCGCGCCCAUUUCUACCCUCCAGGCGCCCGCUCCCGCGCCCCCCGCUGUAAGUGUACAAAUAUCCGCCAACCGCGGCGCAACACAUGUCCCGCACUGCAACCCCCGCCACGCUUCCAACGCCCCUCCCUCCCUAAACUGCCUUGCAUUUCAGACUUGAAUGAGUCACCCCAUCACCGCGCCCCGAGCGCCAUGUUCAGUUCCGCCUCGCCCGCCGCGGCCUUCGAGCGGCUGCAGGAGCAGUACCCCCCGCAGUAUCUUGACGUUCGUACGCCUCCCGAGUUUCAGGCCGGCCAUCCGCCUGGCGCCGUCAAUGUCCCCGUCACACUCGACUUUACAAAACCCGUCGAUACGUUUGUGCAAAAUGUCGCCGACCUGUUCCCGAAGGACGCAGAUUUGCUCGUCGGGUGCAAGACCGGGGCGAGGAGUAUGAUGGCCAUCGGCUUGCUGGAGAAGGCCGGGUUUGAAAAACUAACCAAUGUCGAGGGCGGGUACAAUGCAUGGAACGCCGCCAGUCUUCCACUGGGGAACUGA